GCUCCCCUUCCUCAGGCCGCCGCUUACCCCGGGGUCUAUGGAAGUAAUGGAAGGACCCCUCAACCUGGUUUCCCCUACCCCUUGACCCACGGCCCUGGGCGAGGGGCUCCCACCACCGAGGGCGGCCACCUCUCCAGGCCGGAGGAAAUGCCUCCAAGCGCCACGUAACCAUCUCUCUUGCUGUCUGGAGAGGCACUGCUGCUCGGCCAGGGCAGAAAUGGCUCAUCAACAGAGCAGACAAGCAGAUCGUUUAUUAGCUGCAGGGAAAUACGAAGAGGCUAUUUCUUGUCACAAAAAGGCUGCAGCCUAUCUUUCUGAAGCAAUGAAGCUGACACAGUCUGAGCAGGCUCAUUUAUCACUGGAACUGCAAAGGGAGAGCCACAUGAAACAGCUCCUUCUCAUCCAGGAAAGGUGGAAGAGGGCCAAGCGGGAGGAAAGGCUGAAAGCCCAGCAGAGCUCAGACAAGGACGCAGCUGCCCAGCUUCAGGCAUCUCACAAACCCUCUGCUGAGGAUGCAGAUGGCCAGAGCCCCCUCCUCUCUCAGAGGUAUAGCCCUUCCACAGAGAAGCACUUGCCUGAAAUUCAGGGGGUCUUUGACAGGGAGCCAGACACACUACUAUUUUUACUUCAGCAGAAGAGUGAGCCAACGGAGCUGUGCAUUGGAAGCAAAACCCCCAAAGAUGAUAAAACAAUUAUAGAGGAGCAGGCAACCAAAAUUGCAGAUUUGAAGAGGCAUGUGGAAUUCCUUGUGGCUGAGAAUGAAAGAUUAAGGAAAGAAAAUAAACAGCUAAAGGCUGAAAAGGCCAGACUUCUGAAAGGCCCAGUAGAAAAGGAGCUUGAUGUAGAUGCUGAUUUUGUAGAAAAAUCAGAGUUGUGGAGCUUGCCACCACAUUCAGAAACUGCCACAGCCUCUUCAACCUGGCAGAAGUUCGCUUCAAAUCCUGGGAAAGCCAAGGAUAUUCCAAUACCCAACCUUCCUCCCUUGGAUUUUCCAUCUCCAGAACUGCCCCUUAUGGAGCUCUCUGAGGAUAUUUUGAAAGGACUUAUGAAUAAUUAAAAUGGAAGCCCAGAGAAGAGGUGAAAAGAGAAAAUAAUAGAGUAAUAUAGUUAAUCCAGUAAAAAUAAAAAGGGAAAACCACAUGCAAGGAUAAUCCCAGAGAUACUCCAUCAUCUGGCGCACGUGGAGACGAGGCAUUGCCAGGACUUGGAAACAGUCACUGUGAAAUGUAUCGUGCAUCUGAUUUACUGACUUGAGUUCAUGAUUUCGGACUUGGCAGACACUCCGCUCUCGGAGGUUCACUUUCUCCUGAUAACAAACCAAAUGGCUACCUGGAAUAAUUUUUUCAAGCAACAAUUAUCUUUCCUAUCUUCAGGGUCAAAAAUGCAUAAAAGUAUGUUAUAUGUAAUUAAUCUGUAAUGCCAUAAAUGAUAAUGUAAAACCUAAAUAAUAUGGUGGCCCGAGGGGCUGCCUUGUAUUUGAAACAUGCUUUCUAUCAUGCAUUGAGUGUAUGCAUCUUGUUAUGCACAUUUUGUUUGUUUAAAAAGGUAAGACACACCUUUCUAGAAGAAACUGUGUGCCACACUUUGCACUAUUCAUAACAUGAUGAUAACCUCAAGACUAUCAGGAGAAAUAUUUAAAUUUCCAUUUUAUGAAGAAAGGAACCAAAUUAUUAGUUACGCUUUUUUAAAAAAAAUUACCAGUUUACAUGAUUAAUCAGGGUGCAUUUUAAGUUCUAACUUUUUUUUGUUUAUUGUAUAAUGCAUCAUUUGAAAAUACCAAGGGAAAUAUCCUUUUGUUUUUAAUGAUGCAUGAGUGGAAGUAAUGCUAGUUGGCAGUAUUUGAUUGUAAAAAUCAAUAAAGUAAUUGUAUUUUAUACCUUUGUUGAAUGUGGUUGGUAGAUAAAAAGCAAGUUUUAUACAGCUUCUGUGUUGGAAAUUUUGAAUAUGAAUUUGAAGAAAACCUGUCAAACAGUAGCUUUGGUAUGUGAAAGGUUUUUCUUCAGUGUUUGUAAUCAGUUUCCCCUACAACCAGGGUGAAACAGAACAAUGAAGUUCUGAGUUUACACGUAUCCUCAGCCUUCUUCUUGCACUAGCACAUGUGGAAAAUGCCCCCGCUGGGUACAGACACCCCUGGGCACCUGAUUCCCAAGUCAGAGCUGAGCGGCUGUGAAGCACCACAGACACCCUCCUCUUGUCAGAGUCCACUGACAAUCCAGGAGUGGGAAGAAGCUGUAAGUGAAGCAUUUGGGUAUAAGCCACUGGGUGUGUUUAAAGCAUAGCCUUAAUUUAUUGGGAAGGGGGAUUGUGACAGUGACAGAAAUAUGAAACCAUUCUGGCUGUAGGGAAUGGGGUACAUUUGGGUUAAGGGGGUAGGGAUGGGCUCACAUGUGAAGCAGUGAAACCAGCAGAAGUCUGAUUAGAUGAAGUGACCAUGCAGAAGCCACUGUUUUCCCCCAUCUGUCUCAUCUUGUUGCAGAUGAAACCAAAAAUAAACUAGCUUCUUAAAAUGUC